UGCUGGAGGGAGGACUAAGUCGUCCCGGGAGCCUCGCAAGUCAGCAGAGGAGGCUUUGGCUGCAGCGGGUGACAUGGACAACGCAGGGAAGGAGCGAGAAGCGGUCCAGCUUAUGGCGGAGGCCGAGAAGCGAGUGAAGGCUUCCCACUCUUUCCUCCGAGGGUUGUUCGGAGGAAAUACAAGAAUAGAAGAGGCAUGUGAAAUGUAUACCAGAGCGGCAAAUAUGUUCAAGAUGGCCAAGAACUGGAGUGCUGCAGGAAAUGCAUUUUGUCAAGCCGCCAAGCUCCACAUGCAGCUCCAGAGCAAGCACGACUCCGCCACCAGCUUCGUGGAUGCUGGGAACGCUUACAAGAAAGCAGACCCUCAAGAGGCUAUCAACUGCUUAAAUGCAGCCAUCGACAUUUACACAGACAUGGGGAGGUUCACAAUCGCAGCCAAGCACCAUAUCACCAUUGCCGAGAUCUACGAAACGGAGCUGGUGGACAUUGAGAAGGCUAUUGCACAUUAUGAACAAUCUGCUGAUUAUUACAAAGGAGAAGAAUCUAACAGCUCUGCUAACAAGUGUCUGCUGAAGGUGGCGGCCUAUGCUGCACAGCUGGAGCAGUACCAGAAAGCCAUCGAGAUCUAUGAGCAGGUGGGAGCAAACACCAUGGAUAACCCCUUGUUGAAGUACAGUGCGAAGGAUUACUUCUUCAAGGCCGCACUCUGCCACUUCAUAGUGGACGAGCUGAAUGCAAAGCUUGCUCUUGAGAAAUAUGAGGAAAUGUUUCCAGCAUUUACGGACUCCAGAGAAUGUAAAUUAUUGAAGAAACUUCUAGAAGCUCAUGAAGAACAAAACAGUGAAGCUUACACUGAAGCAGUGAAGGAGUUUGACUCAAUAUCACGUUUGGAUCAGUGGCUGACUACCAUGUUGCUUCGUAUCAAGAAGUCCAUCCAAGGGGAUGGAGAAGGAGAUGGAGACCUCAAGUGAAGUGCUGACAUCUUUGUGGCAUGCAGCUCAUUCCUUUUUAUUUUGUCUUCGGGCAGAACCGUCUUUCUGAGAUGCCCAUAUAAUGACUUAAUUCUGUUGUAAAUAAGCCAGCCACACAGUUUAUGUAUUGUUUUAGCUCACCAUGUCUGUGUCAUGUGAGAAUUGGAGGCUUCUAUUCAGUUUGUGGUCAUGACAACCAAAGUACAUCAUGCUUAUCCGAGUCCUCAUAGUUUUCUGAGAAGUACUGCCAAAUCUUUUUCCCGUUCUUUUGAUAUUUUGAGGGCCCGUGGUUAAUGUUGCCACAUGUUUUGUGUUUUCUUUUUUCUUGAACUCUGGUCCUCAACCCAGUUUUAUAGAUGCUUUGCAAAGACCCUGUGCAUUGGUAUCUGGAUGCAACCUUUAUACAAGUGACUUAGUUUAGGGUGGUUAUUAGGAAUAAGUUUGUAAUUCAGUAGAAACUGUUUGGCUUUCUUUUGUAGCACUUUGAAGGUGUUAGUGAUGUUUCUUCUUCUGUUCCAUAUGCUCACAUGUGCAUGACAAACACUGACAACAGCUAGGAUCUGCUGACGUCACUGAAGCUGGCAGGUCCUGGGGUCCUGUUUGUCUGGAUGGAUGUCAAUGUAGAUUUCCUUGGUUUUUUUUUUUUUUACUUAUAAACACACACACCACUCACACAAAACCUAUGAGAUGGAAUUUUCCCCUUCUCUAGAGACAGUUUCCACUUUUAGUUGGAGUGGAAAUCCCUUCAUAUUUGCCUUAAACCAUCUUUAGCUGGCAUCUCCUUUAUUCACACAUCCAUACACUCCUCACAUUGUCUUCUGGGCCAUAGUCAUGUCAAGCUUGAGCAGAGCUGGACAGAAAAUUCCAGCUGAAUAUGUGUGGUGAUGUCCAUUUGUCGGACAUGGUGGCUAAAUGUUAUCAAUGUAGCAUAAGAGUUUAUGUUAUACCUGGUUAGAUAAGAACCUCCCCUGUAUUUGAGGGUCUGUGAUUUAUUUCUAAACUGACAGAGGGAUUUCAUUUGCGUGUAUGAGCUCUGAUGUCCUGUUUGGUUUACAUAAGAUGUAUGCUCUGUUAUUUCAGAUUUUGAUGCUCCCGCUACUUUAUAUGCUGAUACAGUACUGUAGACAUGACUUUGCUUCCUGGGUCUCCUUUGCUAAGAUAUUUUUAUGCUGGGAUGAUUUAUGCUUGAAAAACCUGUGUUACUAGGCAUAUCUCAUUGUCAUAUUGUGCUGCUAUUGAAUGACAAUGAAACUCCUGAUUAUCCAGGUAAAAAUGGCACUGGAAUGCUGUUUUCAUCUUUGGAUGACCCUAGACGAGGGUGGAGGCUUUUACCACGCAGUAGAGUAGUAGCUUUGCCCAGGCCCAGGGCUACAUGAGAAGAGUUUGAGGACUGAUGAGAAAGUCAGUUCUUUCAAAAGUGAAACAAAGUAGCAAAAGGGGGCUAAAGAGAUGGUUACUCUCCCAGAGGACCCAAGUUUGAUUUCCAGUACCCAUGUUGGGUGGCUCAAAACCACCCGUAACUCCAGUUCCCCCAAGAAUUUCCGUGCCCUCUUUUGCCUUCCAUAAGCAUGUGCAUACAGAUAAACACAUACAGGCAAAUGAAAUCUACACAUAUAUGCAAGCAAGACACUCACUUGUAAAAUAAUAAAUCUUUUAUUAUUUUAAGAAGAAAAAACGGUGACAAAGCAGAAACUGGCCCCAUGAGAACAGGUGGUAGGGGUCUGUCAGGCCCCUGUUAUGGUGGUAACAGGGUAUAAAUGCAGGAAUCCCAGAGGCCUCUGUACAUCUGAAAAAGAGGGAAUGUGCCCUAGAAUCUGAUGAGCACCCCCUUUUCCUUCAGUGCCUUGGGGUUCUGAAUGAUAGCUGGCUGUACCAAAGGUAACAGUUGCGAUGGGACCUAGUUGAUACUUCUAAUGUAAAGACAAAAAGUGAGUUAUUGGGGUUGGAGAGAUGCCUCAUUUGCUCUUCCAGAGGACCCAGGGUUAAAGUCCCAGAAUUUAUGUGGGGGCUCACAGCUGUCUAUAACUCCAGUCCUAAGAAAUCCACCAUCCUCUUUUUGCCUCCACCGGUCGGUACCAGGCAUGCAUGUGGCGCACAUACAUACAUGCAGACACAAGAUGUAUACACUUAAAAAUAAAAAAUUUUAUAACUGUAGUGUAUGGGAAAGGCAGUUACUGCUUUAUUCACAGCCUUGGAAAUGAGGUGUGGAAAUGGCUCUAAGUCAGUUCCAGCAGAAGAGCAUCUGAACACUGGCCAGCCUCUGUCCUCUGCCUCCCGAGUUCAGUCUUCUGAUGAGACCCACAUGGUAUCUUACGGGACACUGUGGUUUACCUUUCAUCAUGGCUCCCUAUCACACCUCCAUGAAGAAGUGUUGGGUUGUUAAAGUAGUGUUUGUAUUACUUUGCUGCUUCUAAAGAAACGUAUUCACUUACUUGCUUUUACUGAAGUUAAAUGCUGGGGGCAGGCAACAUGAACACUUGUCAUCCUGCAGUAUCUAGGAGGUUAAGGGAGGAGGAUCGCUGUGAGGUUGAGGCCAGCCUGAACUACCUAGGGAAUUCCAGGCCAGCCUAAGUUACAAUGUGAGACUCCAUCUCAAAAAACAACCAAAAAGGGGGGGGGGGGGGAUGAAAGGCUGAGACGAGACCCUGUUGGUUUAUUUUGUCUCAGCACCUGGGAGGCCGAGGCAAGAGGAACGUGAUUCCAGACUAAGCUAAGUCAAGAUCAUCUAAAAACAAUAGGAAGAACACACUUUGGGCAGAAGUGAGAAUGAGGAGCAUGUCUGGACAGGAGUAUGCAAGCUUGCUCCCUUCAGAUGUCCCGCAGACACAGGGCAAUGCGCUCUCUCGAGAUCCCUAGGCUUUAGGCUUUCAUGGUCUCUAGACUAUUGUGAACAAAACGCAAUGAUUUGUCAUAGUUCUCAUAUUUGAGUGCAUCGGAGAUAGUUCAUAGUUAUGGCAGUCAAUAUUGCUUACAGAAAAGCGUUCCUUUUGUGGCAACAUUUUUAUAGCUUGUGUGAAUUCCUUUUUUUUUUUUUUUUUAAUGACAUAAAACAGUAUUUUUGCACAGUUGUAACCAUGUGUGAUGGUGUCACUAUAACCAAAGUAUAUGCACCAGCCCUUGUGCAUUUAUUGUUCCCUCUGGUAUUGUGCACUCAAAAUGUCCAAAUACAAACCUUUGUAACUGUGGAGAAUCUGGCAGCGGCACAGCAUGCCCGUGACCUGCCUGCUGCAGUGAGCUGUGACUAGUAAGCAGGCCCUGUAAAGUCCUCAGUUGCUCUCAGGCAAGGGAGUACAUUAUAAAAACAAAUCGUGUAACAAUAAAUCUAUCUUAGCUAAAAGAACGUUUGUUUUAUGUGAACUUGUACAGUAAAUAAAGUGGAAGUUAUCAGUA